AAUGAAGGGCACUGGACUCUGUCAACUGUGCUUGGCGAGUUAACACCUGAAAGAGUUAACCAGAUUUCUAAAUGUCCCAAGUGACGGAAGUUUGAUACUGACAUUUAUUGGAGCCUAAACUGAGGAUUUUUCAGAAAUACUAAGAAAUUUGGUGAGCGACCUCAACCUAAACGGCUCACCAGGGAAGCAAUGAGAAACUAUUUAAAGGAGCGUGGCGAUCAAACAGUCCUAAUCCUUCAUGCAAAGGUUGCACAGAAAUCGUAUGGAAAUGAAAAGAGGUUCUUUUGCCCCCCUCCCUGUGUCUAUCUUAUGGGUAGUGGGUGGAAGAAAAAAAAAGAACAGAUGGAACGGGAUGGCUGCUCUGAACAAGAGUCUCAACCAUGCGCUUUUAUUGGGAUAGGUAAUAGUGACCAAGAAAUGCAGCAGUUAAAUCUGGAAGGAAAGAACUAUUGCACAGCUAAAACCUUGUACAUAUCUGACUCCGACAAGCGAAAGCACUUCAUGUUAUCAGUAAAAAUGUUCUAUGGCAAUAGCGAUGAUAUUGGUGUGUUCCUCAGUAAACGAAUCAAAGUAAUUUCCAAACCAUCUAAAAAGAAACAGUCGCUGAAGAAUGCGGAUUUGUGCAUUGCAUCGGGGACAAAAGUGGCACUAUUCAAUAGACUUCGGUCGCAAACAGUUAGCACAAGAUACUUGCACGUGGAGGGAGGAAACUUUCAUGCCAGCUCGCAACAGUGGGGAGCUUUUUACAUUCACCUCUUGGAUGAUGAUGAAUCGGAAGGUGAAGAAUUCACAGUUCGAGAUGGCUACAUUCAUUAUGGGCAGACUGUUAAACUUGUUUGUUCCGUCACUGGCAUGGCACUCCCAAGACUGAUAAUUCGAAAAGUGGACAAACAGACGGCAUUGCUAGAUGCAGACGAUCCAGUGUCACAGCUCCAUAAGUGUGCGUUCUACCUUAAAGAUACCGAACGAAUGUACUUGUGCCUUUCCCAGGAGCGAAUCAUCCAAUUUCAAGCCACUCCAUGUCCGAAAGAACCAAAUAAAGAGAUGAUUAAUGAUGGAGCUUCAUGGACAAUCAUUAGCACAGAUAAAGCAGAGUACACCUUUUAUGAGGGAAUGGGACCUGUCCACGCUCCAGUAACACCUGUGCCUGUUGUAGAAAGUCUCCAGUUGAAUGGAGGAGGGGAUGUAGCAAUGUUGGAACUUACUGGACAGAACUUCACUCCAAAUUUACGCGUCUGGUUUGGAGAUGUGGAAGCGGAAACAAUGUACAGGUGUGCAGAGAGCAUGCUGUGUGUCGUCCCUGACAUUUCUGCAUUCCGGGAAGGCUGGAGGUGGGUCCGCCAGCCAGUCCAAGUUCCAGUCACAUUGGUCCGCAAUGAUGGCAUCAUCUACUCUACCAGCCUUACAUUUACCUACACGCCAGAGCCAGGACCCCGACCCCACUGUAGUGCCGCUGGAGCAAUCCUCAGAGCCAACUCAAGUCUCCUGGCAUCCAACGAAACAAACACAAACAGCGAGGGAAGCUACACAAACGUCAGCACAAACCCAACCAAUGUCACAUCAUCGACGGCAACAGUAGUUUCCUAACCACUGCUCUUUUAUGUGGAACUUCUAAAAAAA